CUAGUUUCACGCGCUGUCAAACGCGCUGCUGGAAAAGCAAAGCACGUCGCGUUAGGACAAUUUUCCCACAUUUCCUAACAAAACUCCUGCUCCUGUGCCAAUAAACUCUGCAAAUGUUGCGUUUUGCCGUUCCAAAACUGUGCAAGUUAAAAGUUACCUAACGAACAGUGUUUUGGUGGUCUCGGCGAAGGAAAACAACUCCGCUCGGAGUUUGUGUAUCAGCAUCCAAACAUACACUUCACUGACGGAGCAGAGAGCAGCACCAGAUUUCUUCGUAUAUGGAACAAGCCUCUGUGCCGCGAUACGUUUCCUUGAAGACUUUACAUUUUACCUGUAAAACCAGCACGAAAUGCAUCGAUAGCGGAUAUGCGGCUUUCAAGAAAGUCCCCGUAGAAAAGCAAUCCGAUUUGCUGUCGAAAUCAACCUUGUUUACGUGUAGGUGUGUGCGUGAGAAGCGUGUAUAGUGUGUGCGUGUGUGUCCCAUUGCAUCGUUUUGUAUGGAUCGCUGAGGGACGGAAAACGAAAGCUUCUCGCGAAGGGUAAAUCAAACCACCGCCAAUAUGAAGCAGCGAUCUUCCCAAACCGUCCAGUAUUAUUGCGGAAUGUUGAUGCUCACUGUGCUGCUGCUGCUGCUUCCGAUUCCGCUACGGUGUCAGGGAGCCGUGGCGUCUUCCAACACAAUCUUUGUAAAUAGCAUAGUUCCCUCGAUAAGCAACGUAAGUGUGAGUGUACCGAUAAGUUCCGAUAACAGCCAAGUGCCUUCGGUGGCGGUGAUAUCUGCUCCCACAUCAGCGCCACCCGUUCCAUCGUCAUCGUCAUCAGUGACGGCGUCUCUGCCAAGUUCCGGCAGCGUAACAACAUCCACCGCUACGAGUUCCGCAGACUAUAGCAUCCAGGACCUGACCAAAUCGCUGGCAACAACGUUCGAUCACAUCCGAAAUGGGGAGCUGAGUGUUCCAAACGUACAGAAAUUAUACGACAGCAUGGAAAUAAUAACAACGAUCCACAAUGAUGUCGAGCUGUUGGAUAAAAUCGCAGCUAAGCUAACACGCAAGCUAAACCAGACCAUAUCGGUGAUCGAAGAACUGCGACGAUACAUCCAACAUACGGGCAGCAAGUACGGUGCCAGGUACAACACGCUCAUCAAUCCGUGUCCGUACAGUGAGCUCAUAAACCCGUGGGAAGAUGAGGCUCCGUUCGAUCUGCAGAGCUUCAUACAAAGCACGAAGCUGUCGAACGUUUCACUUAGCAAACCGUACUCUCCGACGAGAGAUGUACUGGUGAGCGGAAAUGGUCCCAAUGGCAGCGCUGUCAGCGGUUUCCUAGAUUUCAGUGCCUUUCCUGCAAACGCAGAUUCGGAUCGCCCAAGGAUACGUGUCACUGAUCAGACGAUCGACGAUAAUAACGCCAACCUGCAGCAGCUGUUUACCGAGCACAGCGUUCUGAUGGAUGAGAACUAUCUCAGCUACCGGCAGCAGUUCUACCUUUCCUCGCUGGACCAUGCAAGCGCCUACAAAUGCCAUUACUAUCCCAGGGAUGGACGGCUCAAAGCAUUGUUCCUUUCGGCCGUGCGCAACAAGCAUGUGCUGAUUUUGCUUGACGUCGGCAACACGAUCACGUACGAUCAGCUCGAGGUGGCCAAAGCAAUCAGCAAAUUCGUCCUGUAUCUGCUCAACGAAAACGAUCGUAUUGCGGUCGUAGCGGUCGGACAGCGCGUCAUCACGUCGGACGAGUUCUUCGACUGCCGGAAACCGACUCGAUUCGUACGUGCCACGAUGGACGAAAAGGAUCGAUUGGUAGAUUUUAUUGAUUCCCUGAACAGAACAAAACAAGCGACGGAUCAUAGCGCAGGGUUCCAUUACGCGUUUGAAGCUUUCUCCGACAUUUACCGCACGCACGACGAUGAAGUUCCGGUAGUGUUUCUGUAUCUGGGUCGCGCACUGUUGCCGGCCGGCUCGACUGCACCGAAAAACAUCCUGCAAACCAUCCACGAAGGACAGACCCGCUUGCCGUAUCCGGUCAUUAUCAACAGCUGCUUAAUACUGCUGGACGAGCGUGAAGUGGCGCACGAAAAGCAACUGAUCGCGGACAUAAGCACACAAAACUACGCUCGAUACAACCUAUCGCAGGUGAUCUACCCAGCCGGGAAGAUGGUAAUGAUAUCGAAACAUUCUUUCGAUGCGCAGCGGUUCAUUGUGGCUUUGAUGGAACCGUUCUUAAGCGCGAGCCGGUUCAUCGAGGAACAUCUGCGAAUACACCUACCGUACUACGAUCCAUCGCUGCAGGACACUGUCGUUACCGUGAGCUAUCCCGCAGGAGUUCACGGGCUCGUGGGGGUUGAUCUGUAUCUGAGCGAUCUGGCGGAACAUGUUGCGUACUAUCGGCAGCAGGAUGACUCGUACGCUUUCCUUAUCGACGUACAGGGCAACACGAUUAUGCAUCCUUCCUUCCCACGUCCACUGGCAGCCCGUGGCAGCUUCUACAUUACCAACAUAACGCGCCUUGAGCAUGAACAUUUCGCGGCCGCGUACAAGCGGAUGGUAGUCGAACUGGAGGGCAACCUGCGCAUCAAUCACUACGGCACGAACCGUACCACCAUGUACUACUGGAAGCGUGUGUAUUCCUACAUCGUGUGCAUCGUCCGGACGCUCGGUGUCGAGUCCGGGUCGAACUCGUUAGAUGUGGCUGGAUCGCACCAGUUCCUCGCGCCGGAACACUUUCUGCAUCCGGUAACAUCCGCCGGAGAAGGAAGCGAUGGGCGAAACAGUGUGGAAUACAAUUUCAUUGCCGCCAGCAGCAUAACCACACGCAACCUUCUGUCGACAUUGCUGUAUCAUCGGAUUGAUAUUUUCCCUCCACAACUGCAACGACCACCGCCGGUUGAUCUGCUGCAAUCGGGUGGCGACGGGUCGCUGUGUCGGUUGGUGAAACAGCUGGCCGUGGUGGAUGCGAGCACACUUUACCUGAGUGCCUCCUCGUUCCAGUCACCGUUUACGCACAUUCGCAACAAUCGAGACGGUGCCGGUGAAGAGGUGAACGUGCGCACAAUACAGAACAUUAUGGCAUACCUGAAGGACACGUACGGCAAGCUGCUGUUCGCAAAUCCAGGACUGCAGCCCGACGUGCGCAGCGAUGUUUUAGCACUGUUGCAAAUUCUGUACGAUUACCAAUUGCGGCACGCACAAAGCAACCUUAGCCGGUACGUGGUGCGGCGGUAUGCGGCCACCGUCAAUGGUGUGCUGCAGAUGUUCCCGGGCGGAUUGCUCGAUACGGAUCUGGAGCCGACCAAGCGGCCAUGGUUUGUGAAGGCGAUGGAGUACCCGGGACGGUUGGUGUUCACACAGCCCUAUCUCGAUGCUGGUGGGGCGGGUUACGUUGUGAGUGUCGCAUACGCGAUAUCUGAAGCAAGAACCGGCGCCGGCAAUGGCAACAACGCGCAUAAAGCAAUUGCCGUUGUAUCGAUGGACUUUACGCAGACAUUCUUUUACAAGCUGUUGCUCGAUUCGGCCGCCAUUUGCAGUAUGGACAAUAUCAAGUGUUUCCUGAUGGAUGAUCGAGGUUACUUGGUAGCACACCCGAUGCUGGCGGAAGCGCCGGUACGGUCAAGAAACACGCGACGCCCGAUCGAACACAUAACGCACAAGGAAUCGCAAGUUGCCAACGACAUUCUCAAUCACAAACAGCUGGUCACGAAGAAGAUGUGCUACAACUACGUGAACCGAACGGUGCAGCGGUUCUAUCAGUUUAACAUGAGCCUGUCCGUGGACGACGUCAUUACCAAUCUUAUGUACGGCGAGAAAACCAAGUACCAGAUAGCACUGAUUCCGGGCACGAAUCUGUUCCUCGGUAUCGUCAACUCCACCAACGACGGUGGUGCUUUUUGUCCUUGCAGUACGGUCGGUAACUCGUGCCUCAACUGUAACCGGAUGGAGCAAACGGAAUGUGAAUGUCCGUGUGAGUGUCCCUUAGAUUACGGUGUUGCGGAUGGAGAAGGGAGCUGUACGGCACAACCCAAGCGCACGAAAUCGGCCAGCAAUUUCCCGGUACCCCUGUGCUCUCCACUGCCCGAGGAACUGAUCUCCAUGAGUGCCAUCAAUUAUGAGGCGGAUUACGAGCUGAAGAGCUGUUCGAACGUUAAUUGCGAAGAUUACCCGACGCAGGGCGAGUGUAUGGGUUUGGUUGGCUGCGAAUGGUGUCAGGUUGAUGUGGACGGUGAAAAUCGGCUCAACACUCCGUUCUGCACGGCACAGCUGGCCUGCUUUAACGGGAUAUUUGGAGCUCCCACCCCGUACGGAGAUGCCGCCUACACCGGUAACAAUAUGGAGUCCAUUUUGCCACCCGCGUACAGCUCGAUCGGUCCCGUUGCUGGUGCGAUCUUGGCGCUGUGCCUCGUGGUUGGUUUUGCGAUGUACUGCUUCCGCCAGAACGCCGACCAAAGUGGUGCCUCCGAACAUUUGUACGACGAUUUGGUCGCAGAUCACUGUCACGGGUUGCCGUUAUCUCGCUUCGAUCUGGAUGACGGUAGUCCGUCCGAUGAUUGUGACAUCAGCCGUACAAAUGCAAAGCAAAAUCUGCUGCUAAACGGGCAACACAACGCAAACUACAUGAUUAUCCCGAACGUUGCGUCACCGUACCAGAUGUCGUCGGAUUAUCGGCGUCCGAAUGGGGGAGGUGGCGGAGGCUCGUCCGAUCACGGCUACUCAACCAUGACGCACCACGAAGAGUCGGAACAUCUGUGCCUGUCCAAUGUGGACCCGCAAGGAAUGCCGACCGGGAGCAAUGGGCACGGGGCCGGUGCGGGCAACAAGCGGCUGUCCAUGUCGGACAGCGCAUCCAUCAGCACGUCCGUCUCAAGCCCGUACAGCAAUCAUACGGGCGGGCCAGGAAGCUCCUUCCUGUCAAAGCCACCGAUGCUCAACGAAUCAAAAAUGAUCGGAACGCCAGUGGAGCGGUUCACCGAUCCGGCCAUGCAAACGUUACUGCCCUCACCCACAUCCAUUUCGAGAACGGGUGUGCUGGGCAGUACGGUGCUGCCGCCAGGAUCACCCGUCGCGACCACCACCACCAACGGUCAUCACAUCCUCGUCCCUGUAACCGUCCAUCGAAAUAUGGAAGUUUCCUAAAACUGAGGUUUUGUAGCUCAGCUAGAACGAAGGUACCUUUUGUAACCUUCGAAUUUUAACACAAAACCGGAUACAGAUUUCCUCCACAUCCAUCCGGCGUUACGGAUGAUCGGUGUAUAGUUUUGUUGGCAUUCCCUCUCACAUGUAGGUUUGGUUUUAGACUGAUCAUUUCGCUUCUUCUCGUCUGUGCCCAUUCGCUUUAUGGAAGGUCCAUCAAUAUUAUAACCCGGAAGUUUUAGUUUAUCCCACACACACACACGAUCAAUCCUCAUCAAAUCGUUGCUUUAGGGAAAUGAUUAAAUGCUACGCAACGAACAUAACUCUCCUGACAUCACUUUACCUCGAGACUGAGAUUACUUCGGAAGGACAACGUUCCGUGAGCGGGAAUUUGUGUGCCGAAAAACGUAAUAGCUGCCAACAAAAAGUUGAACUCCUUACCCGGUGCGGGCGGCUUUUGCUCGCCCCGGGCACGGGAGACGCUUGCCUUUAUACUAUAUUUUUUGUUAUUGUUUAAGCUAGAUUUAAGAUGAUAGAACAAAUGAGGGAUGCGUGACGAAUAUCGAAUUAGAAACUAGCGGCAGCAGGUUAUACAGGCGCAGCUAUACCUUAAAGCACUCCUAAAGCAUUUAUUGCUUACCACUGACUAUUGUAAUAGAAAACCUAGACGAUACCCGGUUGUCGUAUAAUGUACCAUACAUUUUAAGUGAUUCACACCACAUAUCCCCAGUUGCUCGCCAGUGUUCUUGUGAAAGCGUACUUCCUCGAACAAACUUAUUUAGCAUUGAUCGUUCGACUAACGUUUAGCUGUAUACUGAAAUGCGGAGAGAUUGCUGAUCGUACGAUCACUCUGCAAACUGUUGUACCGAUGUGCUUCCUGUUUUGAUGUGCAGCUUUGUAGCUUUAAGUUUCACUGUACAAAUGUGGAUCGUGCGCUUGUGUUCCGGAAUCGAUUUUUUACACUUAUAACGCAAAGGGAACGCGAACACAUAUAUAUACCUCUAGCGAAUCGGAAUGUCCGCUGGUGCGGAAGAGAUUUGGUAACAUGUACAUGUAUAGUUUCUGUUUUAUGGCCGGAUAGUGUUGUGAUGGAGGCGAACGAAUGGGAAAACGAUUCGCCGCAUCCUAAAUAAACCUAUUUAACAGAUUUCAUACAAUUA